CCCUCUCUCUCUCUCAACCCUUUUGUCCUCCUAUAACCUCCAUUGGAGUCUGUCAAGCUCUCUCUCUUGCAACCAUGAAUGCUCUUGCAGCCACCAAACGCAACUUCCGCCUCGCCUCUCACAUUCUCGGCUUGGAUUCCAAGCUCGAGAAGAGCCUCCUCAUCCCCUUCAGAGAAAUCAAAGUCGAGUGUACGAUCCCAAAAGACGAUGGAACUCUAGUGUCCUAUGUCGGAUUCAGAAUUCAACAUGACAAUGCUCGAGGUCCAAUGAAAGGCGGCAUUCGUUACCACCCUGAGGUUGACCCAGAUGAAGUGAAUGCUCUGGCUCAACUAAUGACAUGGAAAACAGCAGUAGCUGAUAUUCCAUAUGGUGGAGCAAAAGGCGGUAUUGGUUGCAACCCAAUGGACUUGACAAAGAGUGAGCUGGAACGUCUUACUCGAGUGUUCACCCAAAAGAUCCAUGAUCUUAUAGGAAUACACACUGAUGUUCCUGCUCCUGACAUGGGAACUAAUGCACAAACAAUGGCUUGGAUUCUAGAUGAGUACUCAAAAUUUCAUGGGCAUUCACCUGCAGUUGUUACAGGAAAGCCUAUAGAUCUCGGAGGAUCGCUUGGCAGGGAGGCUGCAACUGGACUCGGAGUGGUUUUUGCAACUGAGGCUCUACUCGCUGAUUAUGGGGUGUCAAUUUCAAAAAUGAAGUUUGCUAUCCAGGGAUUUGGAAAUGUGGGCUCAUGGGCAGCCAAGUUUAUUCAUGAUCGAGGUGGAAAGAUUGUGGCAGUAAGUGACAUUACUGGGGCAGUUGAGAACCCCAACGGGAUUGAUAUUCCGGCUCUCCUGAAACACAAAGAUAGCACAAACAGUUUGAAGGGGUUCAAUGGUGGAGAUGCUAUGGAUCCAAACAACUUGCUAAUUCAUGAAUGUGAUGUUCUCAUUCCAUGUGCUCUAGGUGGUGUUCUCAACAAGGACAAUGCUGCUGAUGUGAAAGCAAAAUUUGUUAUAGAAGCUGCAAAUCAUCCUACUGACCCUGAAGCAGAUGAGAUUUUAUCCAAGAAAGGAGUUGUUGUACUUCCCGACAUCUAUGCAAAUGCUGGAGGUGUGACUGUGAGUUACUUCGAGUGGGUUCAGAACAUUCAAGGGUUCAUGUGGGAUGAAGAGAAAGUGAACCAUGAGCUUGAGAAGUACAUGAGGAGAGCUUUUCAUGAAAUCAAGGCGAUGUGCAGUACCCAUGGAUGCAACCUUCGUAUGGGUGCGUUCACUUUGGGAGUGAGCCGAGUUGCACGUGCCACCCUCUUGAGGGGUUGGGAAGCAUGACUGAUAUAAUUCCUUAAUAAUAAUAUGCAUCUGCUAGUUUCUGCUGCUGAUGAGGAAGAGAUGACGAUGAAAGUUUGUCGCUCUGUUUUUGUCUCUUAUAGUCAGUGGAAUUCAGUAGGUGUUACUCUAGUGUCGUUAUUAGCUAGUACCAGUUUAUAAAGCUCUUAGUGGGCCAUUGGGGAACAAAUGUUGAAAGUUUUUACUUAAAAAGUAGAACGAAUAAAUUCAAAGCUGUGUUCUUCGCAUGCUA